CUGAAGACAACUCUCAGAUGCAGCCAGAUACGUUUACUUCCUCUCAUGAUUUUAACUAGAAAACAGCAUAUUAGAAAAGAACACUUGGAUAGAUCAUGGGCAUUACAUCAUGGAGUUGACGUUAGCACUCGUAUUGGGCUCCCUGUGUUGUUAUUGUAUCACAGCAGACACACCUUGGGCUGUGAUCAUCGUAGAGUCUCCUCAGCAGCCCUUCUACAGUGGAGACAGAGUCACUCUGAAGUGUGAAAUCUCACAGGAUGAGGGCUGGGACUGGGAGUAUCACUGGGUGAGGAAUGGUAGCAGUCUUCAGGUUUCUACGAACAGAACCAUCACCGUCACACUCCCUGAUGAGAGUGGUCUCUACCGUUGCUUUGGAAGAAGGGAGGAUUUACAAAGCAAUGACAGUCCUAACAUUACUAUCGUUUUCAAAGCCCUCCCUGCUAUCCUAACAUUAGACCCCCAGAGUCCUGUGUUCCCUGGAGAGAACAUCACUCUGAAGUGUGAAAUAGGGUCCUGUGGUGGUUGGACAUUUAAGUGGCAUGAAGGGUCAGACUCUGGGCCGGUAUAUGAGUCAAUCCAAAACACUUUCACUGUAAGAGCUGCGUCUAAUGAGACCAAGUACUGGUGUCAGGGCGAGAGGACAGACAGACCCACAGCAUCAGAAAGAAGUAAUGAAGUCAAUAUCCAGGUGAUGGCUCUACCUGAAGCUAAGCUAACAGCGGAGCCACAGAGUCCUGUGUCCACUGGGACGACGGUCACUCUGAAGUGUGUGAUAGAAUCACACAGUAACUGGACAUAUAAGUGGUACAAGGACAGAAAAAAUAAUCUUGAGAUUGAGGGGAACAACUUCACCAUCACCAGAGCUACUGAGUCUGAUGAGGGGACAUACUGGUGUCAGGGAGUGAGAGGAGAGAGACCCACAUCAACACAGCUCAGUAAUGCAGUUUCUGUUGGCAAGAAGGGUUCUGAGUCCAGUCCUUUUAUAACGGGUGUUGCAGUGGCUGGGGGUGUGGUCGGAGGAGUGGUCCUCACUGUCAUCAUUUUAAAAGUUAUUUCAUAUUACUACAGAAGACAGAAAGGUCCCAUUUCCAUCUCCUCCAGUGCAGGGCCAUCUCUAUCGCCCCCUACUGGUCUGGCUGAGAGACAUGCUGAUGAGCACCAGCAUCAGUCUGAUGGAGGAGGGCUUCCUGUUUAUGAAACAAUUCCACUCACAGACCAGAGCAGACCAGUGCUGGAUACAGUGUAUGACAAACUGUCGCUCAGCAAAAUGGGAAACCUUUCGUCACCAUGUAAUCCAUAUCAGCUUGUGAAGUGAAGCAGCAUCAGCAUGGGAUUGAACUCACAACCUUUACAACCAUGAAGCCCUGUUACCUACACUGUAAUGCUGCCUGUGGUGAAAGUGAUCUGUGUGCACACGUCCUGUGUUUAAAACUUCUCUGUUGAUACCGUGUCUUCACCAGUAGAGGGUGUAGGUGAUCUCACAGUGACUUCCUGGCCCUCCACCCCACUUGCACUACAGUGAAUCUAGCCAUCAUCAUGUGCAAGUCUAAUGCUGACUCAUUUCUUCAUUUAGUGAGAAUUAUAGUACCCUCCGCUUACAGAGAAGAGAGAGUGAGACGUUUGGACAAGGAGGAAAGCCUUUGGGGAGAACUAAAGAUGGUGCAAGCCCCUUUAUGAUAUUAUUACUUAUAUUAAACCCUGUUCUGUUAUGCU